ACAGUUCUGGACGUUUUCCUAAAACUUUUUAUUCUGUCAACGUGUAAGAAAGCAAACAAAUAGUAGAGGCGCCGUUGGUGAUAAAAAAUAGUCAGUUUAUAUCGUUAUAGAAUUAGCUUUAGUAUACUAUAAAAUGGAAUUUCCGGCUAUAUUUUUGGUACUUCUUGCAACCGUGGCAGCUGUGAGUAGUUUAAAGCCUGGAGAAUGUGAAGUUUGUAUAAAGACGCUAGAUAAAUUCGCUGCUACACUAACCGAUGACAUCAAGAAGGACUACAAGAAAAUUGAAACGGAGUUCAAGGGGUAUUGUAAAGGAUUAAAGAACAAAGAAAAUAGAUUCUGCUACUAUUUAGGCGGAUUGGAAGAGAGCGCGACAGGUAUCCUAGGUGAAAUGUCCAAGCCCAUGUCUUGGUCAAUGCCGUCUGAUAAAAUCUGCGAGAAGCUGAAGAAGAAAGACGCCCAGAUUUGCGAGUUGCGCUACGAUGUCGAGAUUGACCUUAAAACUGUGGAUCUAAAGAAGCUCAAAGUGAGGGAUCUGAAGAAGAUCCUCAACGAUUGGGGUGAGGAAUGCGAGGGGUGCAUUGAGAAGAGCGAAUACUUGCAAAGGAUAGAAGAACUAAAACCGAGACACACUGAACUUUAAAUGACAGUAGUUAAAGUGUUAUCGAGAUACCUGGACGAUUUUUUUUAGUUUUUUUUCUCUUUGGAGCGUAUUGGUCAGUGAUCGUGUGAUAUUCUUUAACAGAUGAUAAGCAGCAUCACCCAAAGUUUGUCUGAUUAGUGAAAA